AUGGCUUCUCAAAGGGAUGAGCGUGAGAUGAAAGCGCCUGCAGGAGGGGAUAAAAAAAGGGAUCUGUCAAAGUGUGUUUCUACGUGUCCGGACAAGGAUGAUGAAGAUGACAGGAGAACGGACAAGCUAAAGCAGAUGAAGGAGUGGAAGAACCGUUUUGAUGAGUUUAUGACGUAUACUCACACGGUACUUAACGACGUACUUGGCGACACUCGGCCGGAUGCGACUUCGUCGUUGUAA